CUCAUGAAAGCCACUAUCUCUAAUCUCUUCCUCAAUAUAUAAGCAGCUUCCCAUCUCCCCUUUUUGUUCCAUCUUGAACCAAAACCAGUACCCAUGGCUCUUUCUACCAAAACCACUCUUCUCAUUUCACUUAUAUUGAUUGUUUACAUAUUUCCAGUGAUUGGCAGCACUAGUGAUGCAGACCAUGCUUGCUCUCCCCACAAGGGUCAGUUUAGGAUGCACGCGAGAAAGCUUUCAAUGCUUGACGCGAUGUUAGACUACGAUGACGCAGGAGCAAAUCCUAAGCAUGAGAGGAAGGGGAAGCCGGGUGGUAGCGGAGGAAGAAACCCAUGACAGAUCGAGUUUAUAAACUCAAGGGUAUCACAAAGGGCGUUUUGAUUCUCGAUCACAAAACUAUUUUAUAAGUAUUUAUUUGUCUUUGUUACGUAUUAACGUUUUAGAUGUCUAUGUGAGCAACAUUAACCUAAAGGAGUUAAUAGGGUGUGUAUCUCUGCAACAAGUGUCUUACUCUACGUUGGUUACAACUAUAAGAAUAAAUCAAUUUUUUUUAGUUUAUUUA